CCUGCGAGUAAAAACAUAAAACACAAAAAGGACAAACAGAGAGCUCGUAGGUUUUCUAUACAGCUUGCAGGGAGUGUCUGAACUUCGUCUCAAGAAAUACCACUCUCGAGAAGAAGACAGAAGAGGCGAAUCAAAGCAAAAGCAGAGCACAACCAUGACAGACUAUGUGCAGGAGCAAGAGAUGGAAAUUGAAGCCCUAGAAGCUAUACUUAUGGAUGAUUUUAAAGAAACUCACCCUAGUGAAAGUGGGCUAAACACUUCUAAUAGGUGCUUCCAAAUUACACUAUCUCCACAGGAUGACGAGGCAGAUGAAUCAACAACCAUUCCAGUUCGGUUGGCUUUAAUUUUCUCACAUACGGAAAAAUAUCCAGAUGAACCACCGCUUCUGAAUGUGAAAAGUUUAAAAGGAAUUCAAGGUACAGAUCUUAAGAUUUUGAAAGAAAAGCUCGAGCAAGAGGCAUCUGAGAAUCUUGGUAUGGCUAUGGUCUACACUCUAGUUACGUCAGCUAAGGAGUGGCUAUCUGAAAGAUUUGCAGAAGAUGCUGGUGAUGAGAACACCGAAGAAGCAGUGGCAACAAAAGAUGAUAUAAUCAUACCCCAUGGAGAACCAGUUACUCUUGAUACAUUUCUUGCUUGGAGAGAGAGGUUUGAAGCAGAGUUAGCACUGGAAAGAGCCAAGCUAAUGCCCGAAUCAGCACUUGCAGUGCCCAAGGAAAAGAAGCUCACAGGCAGACAGUGGUUUGAAAGCGGAAGAGCUGCUGCGAAAGGUGCAGUAUCGAUCAACAAAGGAUCCGAUGAGGAAGACGAGGAAGACAUCGACUUUGAUGAUGAUGACUUCGAAGAUGAUGAAGAAGAAGAUAUGCUCGAGCAUUAUUUGGCUGAGAAAUCGGACACAUCCUCUCAUUCUUCAAAGAGAGCAAAUUAAAGGAAAUUUCAUGUUGUAAUUUGAAAAUGUUGAGAUUUUCUUAGGUGCAACACAUGGGAUGAGAAAUAUGUCAUCAUUUUAGUGCCCUUGUCACUAGUAUUUUUUUAGCCUGCAUUAUGUUUUGAGAGGGAAAACACAGAUUUUGAGAGAAGCAAUGAGAGCAAUUGGUUUUAUGGGUUGAUAAUUUCAGUGUAUUAUUUUUCUGUUCUCAAUAUAUAUAGGAGUUAUUUGCAGAGAAUAGAACCAGACAUUGCAAGUACUUUUUAUGAAUCUGGUUCCCAAUCUUAUGACAAACUAUCCAGCUUGAGUUUGGAUCAUUUAUUUUUGAAGUAGUCUUGAUUGCC